AUGCGUGAUCUUGAUCAAAAAGUCCAGGAUAUCAUUCGUCAAACACAACAACGCACAACCUACCUAUUUGAACAUGCAUAUGAAAUGUCCAAAGAGGAACGCAAAGCACAAAUUGAACAAAUACAAAGUUUAUUUAAAAAAGGCAAAGAAAUUAGUAACGAUAAGGUGUCCAGAGCUGAAAGUGCUUAUGAACUAGUUGACAAACAAAUACGUCGACUAGAUGCAGAUAUGUUUGAAUUCAAAAAGGCAUUAGCUGAAAAAGAGUCUAAGAAAGUGAAAAAAUCUCGAACAAAACAAGAACAAGAGCCGGUUAUUUCUCCUAAAAUCCCAGCUACUGCUGCAUUGGCAUUGGCAUUGACGAAUAAUCCUAGAGAAGUAUUAGAUAUGCCAGUUGAUCCAAAUGAACCUACCUAUUGUAUAUGUCAACAAGUAUCCUAUGGCGAAAUGGUUGCGUGUGAUAAUCGUGAUUGUGCAAUUGAAUGGUUCCAUUUCGAGUGUGUUGGUUUAGUGAAUAAACCACGUGGACAAUGGUAUUGUCCUCAGUGUAUAGCUCAAGGAUUUCCUUUGAAAAAAGAUGACUAG